AUGAGGGAGGCUUUCAAAGGCAUGAGCAACAACUGCACUGAAUUGAGAGGUGAUAUACAGGCUGGUAGACAAGUCCUUGUCCCAUUUAUUUUUUUUAACCUGCCUUUUUUGUGCUUUUCAGGUGCUGGAGAGUCUGGUAAAAGCACCAUCGUGAAGCAGAUGAAGAUUAUUCACGAGGACGGCUAUUCGGAGGAAGAAUGCAAACAGUAUAAAGUGGUUGUCUACAGCAAUACUAUCCAGUCCAUUAUUGCGAUCAUCCGGGCCAUGGGAAGGCUAAAGAUAGACUUUGGGGAAGUUGCCAGAGCUGACGAUGCCCGGCAGCUCUUCGUGCUGGCCGGGAGCGCCGAGGAGGGCGUCAUGACCGCCGAGCUGGCCGGCGUCAUUAAGCGCCUGUGGAGAGACGGAGGGGUCCAGGCCUGCUUCAGCAGAUCCAGGGAAUAUCAGCUCAACGACUCGGCCUCAUAUUACCUCAAUGACUUGGAUAGAAUAUCCCAGCCGACCUAUAUCCCGACUCAGCAGGACGUGCUGCGCACCAGAGUCAAGACGACGGGCAUCGUGGAGACUCACUUCACCUUCAAGGACCUCUACUUCAAGAUGUUUGAUGUGGGCGGCCAGCGCUCGGAGAGGAAGAAGUGGAUCCACUGCUUCGAGGGGGUGACAGCCAUCAUCUUCUGCGUGGCCCUCAGCGAUUACGACCUCGUCCUGGCCGAGGACGAGGAGAUGAACCGGAUGCAUGAGAGCAUGAAACUCUUUGACAGCAUCUGUAACAACAAAUGGUUUACAGACACGUCAAUCAUUCUUUUCUUGAACAAGAAGGACCUGUUUGAAGAAAAGAUCAAGAAAAGCCCACUAACAAUCUGCUAUCCAGAGUACACAGGCUCCAACACGUACGAGGAAGCGGCUGCAUACAUCCAGUGUCAGUUUGAAGACCUGAACCGAAGAAAAGACACCAAGGAGAUCUACACACACUUCACCUGUGCCACCGACACCAAGAACGUGCAGUUCGUGUUCGACGCCGUCACGGACGUGAUCAUCAAGAACAACCUGAAGGAAUGCGGGCUCUACUGA